CUCUUUUUCAAUUGAAUUGAGAAACCCGAUUUUUUCGAGCGUUCUUCAACGCUAACUUUGUUGCCCACCAUGUCGGACAACGACUCCAUGGAUUUGGACUCUAUGGAGCCAGUGAUGCAGCCCAGGAAGCCGAGGAUUCGAGGCAAAUCCUAUGAGAAACGUUUGCAAGAUGUUCACCUUCCGUCUACGAUGCUUGAUACCCUGCUAGAUGAGGACCUACCAGAAGGGUCCUCCCAUUUCCAAUACCACCUUGCACAUCUUCGACAACUCAGCUUGGGGUCCAUGUUCACAGAAUAUUCGAGGAUUGUUUAUCCUCUCUCCAGGUCUAUGCCUUUACUUGUGUUGAAUUGGAAGGCUGUAGGCGAAGCUUGGAUUGAAGCAAUUAAGGGUACAGAAGAGUCAAAGGAGCAAGGCGAAAGUUACAAGCCGUUAUUCCGGCUGCUUCAGGCUUAUAUUUACGACCUCCGUUCGAUCAUUCAGCCUCUUUACAAUCCUUUUCUCAAGACACUUCUAUCACUGAUUUCGCUGAGGCUAGAUAUUAAAGUUCUGGCUGAGCUGAUGGCUUCAUUGCUUUCUCUUCUCAAAUUCGUUCUCGUCCCUAACCUUACACCUGAAUUGCUGGAUGAAACUUGGGGGGAGUUCGUUGGGGCUUUUCAGAGGAUAAGAGUCGAUCAUUCUAGGAUGCUCGGGGAAGUAUUGGGUGCUAUCUUAAGGAGAAUGAAGAGCAUCGAUAGGAAGAAACUCAACACGUUAAUGUUUAACUCUUUGCAAAAGGAUGACACACCUCGAUUGCGGGACGCUCUUGCUUGGCCAUUUAUCUAUGCGUGCCAGGGUCCGCAACAUUCACUGCACACAUCCUCGAGCCAAAUCGUCUCGGAUUUACUCGACGUUCAUUUAUCAUUGUCAUUGUCAUCGCAGACGUCUAUCUUGGGUGACACCGCUGAGGAGGGAUACUCCCCAUUCACAACCGAGAAUGCAACUGGCACACUCCUUCGCCGCCUCCUUUCGUCGCUUGCCCACCAUGUCAAGGACGCUGCUGCCUACGAGUCGGCAUCUGUUUCUGUCCUUGACGCAUUCGUUAAGGAGGUGGAAGGUGCUACAGAGUCGGAUGCUGAUGCCUCACGACUCGUUGCGAUGUUGCGAAUAACAACCAUCCCGGUUAUGGUAUUGCAGGGAGCCAGGAUGCAAGCAUCCCAAUUACGAAAAAUUUUGGAAGCACUUUGUCAAGUUCCGCAACAAGUUGUUUCUGCCCACAAGGAGGAUUAUGGGAACCUCAUAAUUGCAGUCUUGUCGUCUUCCUCUAGCGAGGUGGCGGUAUGGCUGCCAAAGAAUCUGGGGAAGCGCGCAAUGGAGAAAGUUUGGGAAGAUCCUGUUUCUGGUCUCCAAUUUUCUGGGGCUCUAGCCGAAGCGGGAUGGGAUGGCUGGAAAGCCAUUGUACUGCCAGAACUAGCCAAGCACCUACCGGUAGCACUCUCUUCGGGUGGAAUAUCUUCGGAUGUCGCAUUAAGAACGCUCAUAUAUCUUGUUGAGAACAACCGUCUCGACACUAAUUGCCUUCCCAAUGGCUCUCAAUGGUGGGGAAGCAUAACGGAUUAUUUCAAAGAAAGAUUAAAGAGUUGGACCCACAAUGUAGAGAAUACGACACGACUCAUUGCAAUAGCCAUUUGUGUGAAGGCACUCCCGGCAUCCGAUCGUGAUGCUGUGGCAACGCUGUUCGUCGAUAUCAUCGAUUCCAUUCUUUCGCUGUCAGAAGUCGAUUACCAUGCGAGGUUCUUGGAAUCUCCGUUCAAUGAGGCCCUUGUGGUCUCAGUAUCUUUUGCUACUUUAGCUGGCAUGGAUAGCGAUGCAGUGCGAUCAUCGAUCCUCCCAAAGUUGGAUCGUUGGUUAGAGAUCAUCACGUCUUCAUGGACAUGGAGUCCGGAUGUGCUGAACUCUAUCCAUAUCCUUUGCAAGGAUGUUAAUCAUAAAUCAACCAUCCAGCAAGACGUCUUAUUUUCUCGACUUCGCCCCUGCAUCAUGUCACAUCAUGCUUUCCGAAGAAUUAGAGCCCUGCACCUUCUCUUCUACAACGCUAACUUGAAAAAUGAUUCCACGUCAAAUUCUGUCUCGCCAAGCUCCCUUUUACUCCAAUCGAUGAUUGCCGCCGAUGAUUCCGUUCUGGAGGUGUCGGCGGUUCGAGAAAGGAUCUUUCGAACAACGAAUGUCGGCGCCACAAUUCGUGAUGACGCUGAGGUUUCGGACGUACAGCUCGCUGGCAUGUGGCUUCUUGCUCAGCUGAAGGUUAACCUGCAGCCGCUAUGGAAGCCGACGGUGGAGAGUUUUGCGUCUCUGAUGGAAAGGUUUCCAGAGACUCUAUGGCAACUCAGUUUCAGCGUGUUGAAACUUGUCGGAGAAUCGGUGGAGGGGCAGGAUCCUUCCCUGGAUCCAGUUCCAGUGUGGUCCGAAUACUUUAAGGACCAGGGUAUCAUCCGAGAGUCAAUUUUCCGUGAUGAUCAAAAUACAUGGACGGAUUCAAGUGCGCACCGCUUGGUUGGUGUUGGACGUCGAUGGCGUCAACAACUAUCCCAAGUAGUGACGAUGAAACUACCACUCGGUUAUGGGGAAUACGACCGUCUCGACCUGGAAAAUUUCGAAACUCAGAUUCUUGCCAUUUUCGCACAAGCCUCCACUAUCGCCAAAAAGUAUAGCUACGAACUCUCUCCGUAUUCUCUUUCAGUAAUGCGGUCGGGAACGACUUCACACCGGAGGUUGAAGGCAUACCUCUCAAUGAUAGCCAAGCUACCUAAUCCAAGGACUCUCCACUCCUCAUCCGAGCUGUACUCCUUCUAUUUCUCUACCGUCGCAGCUCCGAAUCAUUACCUACAGAGUGUUGCACUGGAUUGCAUUCUGGCCCAUCGGCCGCCAGCUAUCUCGCCGUAUGGAGAACGAUUGCGCAAUGUCAUCGACGAAACCAAGUGGCGGGAUGAGCUAUUGUCUUUCAAACUUGACAGGCAUAUUGAGCCUGAACAUCGUGCUGAGUUUGUGCACCUGCUUAUUUGCCUCCUUUACCGUCGGUUGGUGGAGAAAAGAGCUCGGCACUCGAAGGGGAAGAGGCCUGUCGCUGCAUAUGGGAUGCUGAAUACCUGCACCAGUGCUGAACUUCGUACACUAGUCAACCUUAUGCUGCGACCUUUUCCCAUGAGGAUGGACUCAUCCUUCAUUGACGCAUUUGAAUUUCAGGGUCUGGGAGAUGCCAAUCUUCACAAACAAUCGGCAUUUCUUGAUCUCCUCAGCGAUGUACACAAGUAUUUGGGUGCUCAUAUGACCGAUCACUGGCCGGUCUUGCUUGGAACGACCCUGGAAAUAAUAAACAACGCUGAGCGCCUUUUGUCAGUGGGGACAUCUGCAGCUGAUGUUGCGGAGGAGGAAGAGGAAGAAGAGCCGGAGGCCGCCCUCGAUGAUGACCAACUCAUCGAGACGGAAACUCAAGGUGGUCUAUCCAUACAAGACUUGCCAGCCCAAGGAUCCAGCGGACUUCUGCGGUCCGUACGCCAGAAAGGAUUGAGGUGUUUCAACAGCUUUUUCGUAUUGACCAACGGCCAAUUUGAUUUCCUACCAUAUAUGGGUUCAGCAUUCCAGUCCUUUAUCAUUCCUCGCAUUCGCGCGAUUGGCGAGAACUCUCGGGUACCUAUCCUGUUGAUAGAUGUGCUCUUGACGUUCUCAAAAUCUCCCCUUACUUCACGCUUCUUAGUUGAUUACGAUGCAGACCUUCUCCCUACAGUUUUUCAAUCUUUGGAUCGCCCCGACACGAAACCCAUGGAGAUCAUGAAAGUACUUGAUCUCGCCCAAGCCGUGGUUGAACACGCGGUCAGCAAUCCUCGUUUUGCUGAAGAUGCUUUGCUUCCAAAUGUGACCUACCUAAUGGAACGGCUUACGCACUUGGCCGCGCGCCGCUCAAGCAGUUCUUCUAUUGUGGAGCGUCAGUUUGGUAUCUUAUCGUCGUUGUCCCCGUUCAUCCAGGACCCAAGUCAGGCGGAACGUCUCUUUCGUCUUAUUCUUUCAAUGCUCUGGAAAUCGCUUCCAGAAACACGCCAGCUCAGCCUAAUUCAGAUUAUGGAAACACUGGUACAGUUUGUUCCAGAUUGUCAAAAUAUGAGUAGUCGGCUUGGGAAUGAUGCAUUUCAAUGCAUAUCGAGGUUGUUUCAAUCUUCGUGCGAGCGUACCACACGAGACGCAUUGGUGGCAGUGUUUCGACAAUUAUGUGGCGGGGAUUCGUCAUUAGAGACUACUGCAAAACUGGUCGAUGCACUCAAUUCAUACCUGAACACAAAGGAUAUCCCGGACUUCGAACGAAGACUCAAUGCAUUUUCUACCAUAAAUGAGGAUGCAUAUCGUUCUUUAUCGCAUACAGCGUGGCUUCCAAUUUUGUACAACAUGCUCUUCUUCGUCGAGGAUAGACACGAAUUUUCUAUUCGUAUCAAUGCCGGUCUUACACUACGCCGCUUUAUCGAUCGGACCUCAGCUGAAAGUGACCAGCAUCGCGAUAAUCCAUUCACCCCCACGUUUAGAUCCAUCAUCUAUCCCUCUUUGUGUCGAACUAUCCGCUGCAAGACUGAGAAUGCCAGGAUGGAAGCCCUGAAAGUCAUUGGGCAUGCAGUUGAAAAACUGUCAGGGAUCCCGUUCCUUAAAGAACUUCAACCACUCAUUGGUGACACCGGUAGAGACAGCUUCUUUCACAAUCUGUAUCAUUCCCAAAAGCAACCAAGGAUCCGUGCGAUUCGGAAAUUAAUCACUCAAAGUGGUAACAUCCGUGCUACCACUAUCUCCGCUCUCCUCUUACCAUUAUUAUCACACUUCCUCGAUGUGAACGCGGAUCGCGAUGUUCAAGACAUGUCAGUUGUCGCUUUCGGUAGCCUAUCUCGCAAUUUAGCCUGGGAUCCGUACCUUGGGCUGAUUGAGACUCGCUUGAAGGAUGCGAGGCUGUGUAACGCUAGAAAACGUGGCGCAGCGAAAAUUCAUUUGCGCACUGUAAAUGCCGUAAUAGACAAUUUCCCGUUUACCUUGGACGGGGUGACGGACGAAGGGGAAGAUGAGGAUGCAGACGGGGAGGGAAAUGCGGAAGAGGGGGAUGCAGAGAAAGACGAGGACCAUACUCGAAAGUCCCAGCCUGACCUUCGAAUUGCGGAUGCGAUUACGGGACGUUUGCUGCCCGCUCUUUUUCGUUUUAUGGACAAACGGGAUCCGAAGGACAAGACACCGUUCUUCGUUGCCACGAGCAUUGUGCGCAUGUGCAAUAAGCUUCCAGAGACCACGCGGCAAACACAUGCUGCACGGCUCAUCACGAUCUUGAGCCAAGCCCUGAGGACCAAAAUUGAGCCGAUAAGGGUGUUCGUCAGGGCGACUCUCUGCCGCAUUUCCACAAUGCUGGGAAACAGUAUGCUGCCCGUCCUUUUCCGCGAACUGCGACAUGCUCUAGUGCGGGGCUCCCAUCUUCAUGUCCUUGCGCAUGUCACCCAUACGCUUCUUUUCCACGUUACGUCCCGAGAACAUGCACAGUCAUUUGGGAGUCUAGAUGCCGCCACGGAGGCAGUUGCCCACAUCGCUUUUGAGGUAGUUUUUGGCCAGUCCGCCGAAAGGUCGGAGUCCGAAGGCCUCAGGGCAGCCUAUCGAGAAGUUCUCGGUGCUGUGCCCAUGGGCGUGCAGUUGUUUGGUAUCAUGGCCCAGCAAAUAUCAUCAUCAAAGAUCCGCCCCCUUCUGGAGCCUAUUCGAGCCUUACUUCAUGAAACGGAAUCCGGGAAAAUACUCCAGAAAAUUGACGAAAUUUUAGGACGCAUUGCAAGCGGGCUAAAUGCAAAUAAAUACCUCACUCCCACCGACAUUUUGUCUUUGUGUCAUACCCUACUUACCCAGAACGCUCAGUUCCUGCGAGGGAACGUGGUAAAUCCUCCAAGCGAAAAAAAGAAGAGCGAUGUCGAUGUUCAACUCACACGACACGUUGCAGUAGUCAAAGAUCUCUACUCGAUCAACUCGCACAAGUUUGUCGCCCUCGGCUUGAAUCUGUUCAAUGCGGCUACCAAUAGAUUUGAUAUCAAGGAUCUAGACAUCUGUUCUCGUUUAGAUCCCCUGGUAGUAGCGAUCAGCCCAACGCUUCAUUCGCCUCACAAUGUCGUCUUACUUCCUUCUUUGCGGGCAUCAGCCACCAUCUUACGCUUCCCUCUUCCAAGUGUCUCCGACCACCUGCAGGCCUACGUACAACAAAUUCUCCUUAUUUGCAGAAAAGACGGUUCGACGGAGUCCGAAGUUGUCCAGAUGGCUCUGCGAACGAUCGCUUCCGUGAUGCGGGACUGCCCCGAGUCCGUAUUCGAAGAAGCGGAUAUUUCCUUCAUACUGGAACUUAUCGCCCCCGAUCUUGAGGAGCUUGAUAGGGAAGACGCUAUCUUUACCAUCUUGCGAGCUAUUGUGUCACGUAAAUUCGUGGCGCACGAGAUUUAUGACAUCAUGGACAAAAUUGCUGAGCGCAUGGUCACCAGCCAGUCCCAGCAUUCCAGGAGCAUUUGCCGAAAAUUGACCUUGCAGUUCGUGCUCGAUUAUCCCCAUGGUACAAACAGACUCAAGAAUACCAUGACGUCGCUAGCCAAGAAUUUGUCUUACACGUUCGAGAGUGGCCGGAUUUCUACAUUGGAGCUCCUCCUCUCCCUAUUCUCCGUGAUUCAACUAUCUUUGCUAUGUGAAUAUGCGGAACUUUUCUUCCUCGCCCUCGUUAUGCUGCUCGCCAACGAUGACUCCUCGAAAUGUCGGGAAAAGGGUGCCAUGGUGAUGAAGGUCCUCCUCCAGCGGUUGGACGAGACGAUUCUGAAGUCCGUGGCGGUUCAUCUCCAGAAGUGGGUCCAGAAGACCGCACAACCUUCUCUCGUACGAACGGCCGCGCAGAUCUACGGUAUCAUUGCUGGUGCUCCUCGAGUUAUCAGAACGAUCGGUGGCGCUGAUUUCAUCGUUGACGACCUGAACGGAUUGCUAGUGGCAAGUGCAUCAACCUUAGGUACCUUCGAGUCUAGAUGGGCUGAGAGGCUCGACGUUUCUGAGAUGGACGUAUCAGGCUUAGAGUGGCAAGUGCCAUACCAAGCCUUGACGUCGCUCAACAAUCUUGUUCAGCCUAAGCGAACUCCCAACGAGCCCCAGAGUGUUCCUCCGCACAUCGACGAUAUUCGUUGGAAUAAGGUUACAGACCAUCUUCUUUUCCCUCAUGCCUGGGUACGCCUGGCUUCCGCACGGCUUCUUGGGUCGCUCUUCAGCGUGUCGCCUAUUGGCUUUCCAGAUCCCUCUCUUCCGUCUUCUCACCCAUUGUCCCGUGAAGGAUCAGUCGAUAUCGCAAAGAAAUUAUGCCUUCAACUGAGAAGCCAUCACCUUGAUGACAAGCUUGGUCUUCAGAUUGUUAAGAAUCUAUUCUACUUGGGGCGUUGCUUUACACAUUGGCCACAAGAACAGCGUCAGGACUCUGCCACGGAUACCCAAGACUCGCAAGUACCCGGGGAAUUGACAAAGGAGGAUGAUUCGAAACGCGUGGUGUAUCCGUUGCCGUGGCUUUUCUCUAAGCUGUCGUUCCAGGCUCGUAGAGCGUUGGACCGGAAACGGAGUGGGAAGGACCCAUCGGAGCAUCAUAUGUCCUCUAUCCUCAAGUGGUUCGCGGCCAUGGUAGACUUUAUGUCCCCGGAUGAUGUCGAGAAAUAUCUCAACGAUAUCCUGAGUCCGCUCUACCUCGUGAUGAGGACUGGAGCACGGAACGAGAGGAUGGUCGAGCUCAGUGAAGAGCUGCAGGAUAUGCUUCAAGCAAAAGUUGGGACAACCAAGUUUACCAGAAUCCGCAACAGCGUCCGUCAAGGACUCCCCAAGUUUGGUGCAGGACGGAAGGCGACAGUGAAAUUGGUCGUUCCCAAAAAGAAGUUUUUGAAGAGAAAACGUGAUAGUGAAACUUACACAAAGAUAACGCGUCACCCGUCGAAAAGAGCCCGAUUCGGUUGAGGAAUUGCUGCGCUCCAUAUCAAUCAAAUAGCAUUCCUCACAUACUACUAGAUAUACUAUAUCUUUUUGUUUUAAUUACAUCGACUAUCACAUCAAACCAUCCGUUCUUCAACACCUUGGAAGUGUGUUAUUCUUGUUAUCCACCCUUGGGGACGUACAAUUAAGCAUUAAGGAUCCCAUUCCGCGUUUAGUUUUCCCAUGGAUGAAGUUACGUCUUCGCAGCUGGGUUGUCCAAAUUAACCUCUUCCCUAUGUCCCAAAUGUCGUAAAGGGCG